CACGUCUCCCCAACAGCUAAUGACAGCCAUCGUGCUACUUCGCCUUCUGCUCUUGUUCUAGUGUUCUACUUCUCCGAUUCCUGUUCCACAAACCCUAAACCUAAACUUGAUCUGCGAUCUCCAUGGAUCUCCAUCCCGACAUGGCAGCGAUCCUCGGCGCCGACCCUGCCGCCUUCGAGUCCCUUAUCUCCGCCCUCAUGUCCUCCAACAACGAUCAGCGUUCCCACGCUGAAUCACUCUUCAACCUAUGCCGCGAUCACCACCCUGAUUCGCUUGCCUUCAAGCUUGCCCAACUGUUGCUCUCCUCUGCUCCUGUCGAGCUCCGCUCCAUGGCUGCCAUCCUUCUCCGCAAGCUACUCACCCGUGACGCUGACCCUUCCUCGUCGUCCUACCUCUGGCCUCGUCUCUCGCCUCAGACGCAAUCCUCCCUGAAGUCUGCUCUGCUCUCUGUUAUCCAACGCGAGGACUCCAAGUCCAUCUCGAAGAAGGUAUGCGACACUAUCUCCGAGCUCGCCUCUGGGUUGCUGGAUGAUGAUUCCUGGCCGGAAUUCCUUCCCUUUUUGUUCUCCGCCGUUGCGGCUUCCGACUCCCCCAGGCUUGCCGAGUCGUCGCUUUUGAUCUUUUCGCAGCUCACGCAGUAUAUUGGUCACACUCUUGUCCCUCAUCUUGCUUUGCUUCACUCUAUUCUCUUGGCGUCGUUGUCCCAUCCGACGUCUGCCGACGUGCGCAUCGCGGCGUUGAAUGCGGCGAUCAAUCUUGUUCAGUGCCUCCCGAGUGCGCAGGAGCGUGACCAGUUCCAGGACUUGCUGCCGGCCAUGAUACGCACGCUCACCGAGGCGCUUAACACCGGGCAGGAGGCCACCGCCCAGGAGGCCCUUGAGCUUCUCAUUGAGCUUGCUGGGACGGAGCCGCGGUUUUUGAGAAAGCAGCUCCCGGAUGUUGUGGGCUCAAUGUUACAGAUUGCCGAGGCUCCUCAGCUCGAGGAGGGGACCCGGCACCUUGCGGUUGAGUUUGUGAUUACGCUUGCUGAAGCAAGAGAGCGUGCCCCUGGGAUGAUGAGGCGGUUGCCGCAGUUUGUGGCACGGCUCUUCUCUGUGCUUAUGAAGAUGCUGCUUGAUAUCAAUGACGAGCCUUCAUGGCAUGGGGCUGAGACAGAGGAUGAGGAUGCUGGGGAGAUGAGCAGCUAUAGUGUCGGGCAGGAGAGUCUCGAUAGACUUUCCAUUGCUCUUGGUGGGAACACCAUUGUUCCGGUGGCUUCAGAGCAGCUCCCUGCUUAUUUCUCCUCGCCUGAGUGGCAAAAACGACAUGCUGCCCUUAUAACUCUUGCCCAGAUAGCUGAAGGUUGCUGCAAGGUGAUGAUCAAGAACCUCGAGCAAGUUGUUAAUAUGGUCCUGACCUCAUUCCAGGAUCCUCAUCCCCGUGUUCGAUGGGCAGCAAUCAAUGCUAUUGGUCAGUUGUCUACUGAUUUGGGUCCAGAUUUGCAGGACCAGUAUCAUCAUAGAGUUCUGCCUGCGUUGGCAGGGGCAAUGGAUGAUUUUCAAAAUUCUCGUGUGCAGGCACAUGCUGCUUCAGCUGUUCUAAAUUUCACUGAGAACUGCACCCCGGAAAUCUUGGCACCUUACAUGGAUGGAAUUGUUAGUAAAUUGCUUGUAUUGCUAGGGAGUGGGAAGCAGAUGGUGCAAGAGGGAGCUUUGACAGCAUUAGCUUCAGUUGCCGACUCCUCACAGGAGCAAUUCCAAAAGUACUAUGAUGCUGUCAUGCCUUAUCUUAAAACAAUUUUGAUGAAUGCAACUGACAAGUCUAAUAGAAUGCUUCGUGCCAAAUCUAUGGAGUGCAUUAGUUUGGUUGGAAUGGCUGUGGGCAAGGAUAAGUUCCGGGAUGAUGCUAAACAGGUGAUGGAAGUGCUGAUGGCAUUGCAAGGUUCUCAAUUGGAAGCGGAUGAUCCGAUAACAAGCUACAUGUUACAAGCAUGGGCUAGGCUCUGCAAAUGCCUUGGACAAGAUUUUCUUCCAUAUAUGAGUGUUGUUAUGCCACCCUUGCUCCAGUCUGCUCAGCUUAAACCAGAUGUGACAAUUACAUCUGCAGACUCAGAUGAUGAUUUUGAUGCAUCAGAUGAUGAAAGCAUUGAGACCAUCACACUUGGUGAUAAAAGAAUCGGCAUUAGGACUAGUGUUUUGGAGGAAAAAGCCACCGCUUGUAACAUGCUAUGUUGCUAUGCUGAUGAACUCAAGGAGGGUUUCUACCCAUGGAUCAGCCAGGUUGCUCCUACAUUGGUACCUCUUCUCAAGUUUUAUUUUCAUGAAGAAGUUAGAAAGGCUGCUGUUUCUGCUAUGCCAGAAUUGCUUCGCUCUGCUAAGCUGGCAGUGGAGAAGGGGCUAACACCAGGUCAUGAUGAUUCAUGUGUUAAGCAGUUAUCUGACUAUAUAAUCCCAGCUCUAGUUGAAGCUUUGCACAAGGAACCAGAAACUGAAAUUUGUGUCAGCAUGUUGGAUGCAUUGAACCAAUGCAUGCAGCUCUCUGGCCCACUUUUAAAUGAAGCCCAAGUGAGAAGUAUAGUUGAUGAAAUCAAGCAUGUGAUCACUGCAAGCUCAACCAGGAUAACAGAAAGAGCUGAACGGACAAAGACUGAAGAUUUUGACACAGAGGAAGGGGAGUUUCUUAAAGAAGAAAAUGAACAAGAGGAAGAAAUAUUUGAUCGGGUUGGUGAUUGUUUGGGCACUUUGGUGAAGACCUUCAAAACUUCCUUCCUACCAUUCUUCAAUGAAAUCUCAAUAUACAUAACACCUAUGUUGGGCAAAGAUAAAACAUCUAAUGAAAGAAGGGUUGUGAUUUGUAUAUUUGAUGAUGUUGUGGAACAAUGCCGUGAAGCAGCUCAUAAAUACUAUGAUACCUAUCUUCCUUUCCUAUUAGAGGCGUCCAGUGAUGGUGAUGCAGAUGUUAGGCAGGCAGCUCUUUAUGGCAUUGGGGUUUGUGCUGAGUUUGGUGGUGCCAUGUUCCGACCACUUGUUGGAGAGGCUCUUUCAAAGUUAAAUAAUGUAAUAAGACAUCCUGAUGCACAGCAUUCAGAUAAUUUAAUGGCAUAUGACAAUGCUGUUUCGGCUCUAGGGAAAAUAUGUAUGCACCAUAGGGAUGGUAUCGAUGCAGCGCAGGUACUUCCAGUCUGGUUAAAUUGCUUACCAAUAAAAGGUGAUCUAGUUGAAGCAAAAAUUGUGCAUGAUCAACUUUGCACAAUGGUAGAGAGAUCAGACAGGGAACUUUUGGGGCCUAAUAACCAUUAUCUUCCAAAAAUAAUUUCCAUUUUUGCAGAGGUUUUAUGUGCAGGCAACGAACUGGCGACAGAGCAGACCUCUAGCAGGAUGAUAAAUCUUCUAAGGCAGCUUCAGCAAACACUUCCACCAGCAGUUCUUGCCUCGACCUGGUCUACGUUGCAUCCUCAGCAGCAGCUUGCUUUGCAAUCCGUGCUAUCUAUGUAAUCAUUUUGUUCAAGUUUGGAUCGUCAGUGCCGAUGGAAAACUGUGGCUUUGUUCAGCGAGCAUAUCCUGUUCUUUAUUUUUAUUUUUUUUCUCUUUUUAUUACUUGUGCAUCACAUCAUUUAGCCAUUCUUUACAUUUGCCAAUCACUCGGUAUAGGCUUCUUUUAUCAGAUCUGGAUGUGCAUUGUUUGUUUGUUGAGUGAUGAAACGUGGAAAGUUUCGAAGUUUUGGUGUGGAGUAUGUGUAUAAUAUUGUUAGCAAUCUCCUCUUCCUUCUUGUAAUUGUUUCAGUAUGAUAAAUUUUAAAGGAAAGGAACUCAUUUCUAUUUGAGAUUUUGAAUA